UCUGUCGUCUUUGCGCAUCACCUUGGUGGUUGGGCUGCUGCUGGUGGUUUUCGCCGUUUUCUUGCUGAUACACGCAUUUUGCAUUUGUGUAGUGGUGGUGUUUCUUCAUCGUAGAGCAGCGUAAAAAUCGCUGCUUUCUGAUGUGACGAAUUCUUUUUUUCGUUUCACAUCCAGCCAGCAGAAAAGAAAAAACAUUUUUCGCGAACUUUACGGCCCAUCCCCGGACCUGAGCUUACUGUCCGCGGUGCGUCGGUUGUGUUGGGAACCGUGUCCAGCUGGUGCGAGCGCUGUGGGGUGCUUUCCCCGAAAAACGAUUACGAAGGAACAGCAGGAAGGUUUCUCUGGACAGCAGCAGCUGCUGAAGAAAGGAUUGUGGAUCCAUUGACAAGGGAAGCGGAGCAGGCGGAAAAAGCUCAGUGGCUGUUGCAGCAACGAAAAGCAAGCAUUGAAAUCUGAAGCAGUAGAAGCAUCAACCGCAGGUGGUGGCGGAGGAGGAGGUGCAAGAAAACCCCGUCUCACGAUGGAGUCCUUGGUUGCGCUAAUGGACGCUCCCGCUGGACCGUCCACGUCAUCGAAAUCAGCAACCGAACCGUUGGCAGCAACUCCUGCUAGCCAAGAGAUUUGCAAAUUCUACAAACUGGGAACCUGCCGUUAUGGGGGAUCUUGCCGCAAUGCGCACACCAUCGAUACAUCGUCUUCGGAGAUAGCUGCUCAGCCGGUACCGGUUGAACAAGGUCCGAGCGGUAGCAGCAACAGCAGCACCGUCCCCACCGCCAUGUCGAGCAGUUUUAAAAUCGAUCCACUAAAGUGGAUAAAUGCACCGGAGUUUAUCCCGAAAUCGAAGCAAUUGCCACCUUCUGCCCCCGAUCCGAUAGCGAUGCUGAUGGACGAAGAAUGUGAUGCCGACGCGGAGGAUGGGGAUCCGGAUGAGAACGUGCCGGAGGUGGAGGAGGAUGAUGAAACCGAUCAGCCGACGGGUAGUGGUCUGUCGUAUGCUGCCAUUGUUACACUGAACAACAACCAUAACGGGCUGGGCAUCAUCGAGGAACAUGCGGAUUCGGUGCUCUGUCCAUACUAUGAAAACAGCGGAGUUUGCAUGAUGGAAGGUUGUCCCUACGAGCACGGCGAGCUGUGUGAAUUGUGCGGUAAGUUCUGUCUGAAUCCGGCAGAUAAGGAACAGCAGCGGCUGCACAACGUCGAAUGCAUUAAGCAGCACGAGCUGGACAUGGAGCACUCGUUUGCCAUACAGCGAUCGAAGGACAAGAUCUGCGGUAUCUGCCUGGAGGUGAUCCUGGAGAAGCCAGGGAGGGAGCAGCGUUUCGGCAUUUUGCCUAAUUGUAAUCAUAUAUUUUGUCUGGAGUGCAUCCGGACGUGGCGGAAGGCGAAGAACUUUGAGAAUAAGAUUAAAAGGGGUUGCCCAACGUGCCGCAUCUCUUCGGACUUUGUCUGUCCCAGCAUUGUGUGGGUGGAUGGUCGUGACGAGAAGGACAAGUUGAUCAACGAUUACAAGAAGGCUUGCAACACGACUCACUGCAAACAUUUCAAGCAGGGUUCGGGCAAGUGUCCGUUCGGGAACAAGUGCUUCUACAAGCACGCACUGCCGAGCGGUCAGCUGGUGGAUGUCGGUGGACCUUCGCGGCAGUCGGAGAACCGACUGCGUAUAAGCCAUCUGCAGGACUUCUUCCGUGAGGUGCUGCACCAGCGUGGCCGCCUACUGGACGACUUCAUGUCGUCCUUCUUCUCCGACAGUGAGGAUUCGGAAUUGUCGGAACUGUACGACUAUUAUGACAGCUAGUUGCUCAGUUCUGUAUAUCCGCCGGGUCGGCUGCCGCUGACGCUAGAAGGGGAGGAGCAAGAAGAGCAGCAGCAAGCGCACCACCUGCGCGAAAAUUUGUGUCACCAGCAGCAACCGCCAGUUUUGGGCAUCCUGAGCCACCAUCCGCAGCUGCAUCAGCAACAACAUCAACAACAACAGCACUACCACCACUAUCUAUACUAUUAUCAACUAUUUGGAAGCAGUAGUAAUAGCAACAGCAGCAGCAACAGCAACAACAACAGUGGUAAUACCGAUAACCGUAACGGCAACAGUAAUAAUAAUCGUAUUUUCGUCUAUUUGAUCCAUAUUGGAAGUGGAAUCACAACGGUCGGUGGAGAGUAGAGCAAACAUUCAUCCACCACGACCGACAACAGCAACAACAACGCAACACAGACACACACAUAUACACAGAUACACUUUCAGCUAUACUUACUUACGCUAGGCACCGCUUGGCGGCGUGCGGGUUUUUUUUGUUCCGAAUACGAGGGGUUCUCCAACAGUAAAAAAACGAAACCUCGCUCGGAUGGGUCAGUUUAUUGUUCAUGUCACUGUGUGUGGGGGUUGUGAAAUUACUACCCAACCACAACAACUACAAAACGAAUAUUUAUUUUUCGAUGGCGUAUUUUUUUCUCCGUUCGUGUGUCAAUCUAAUUUAUUAAAUAUCAACUGAAUUUUUUGUGUUCAAAUUUCGAGAUUGUUCAUAUCUAACUGUGUGUAUCAAGGUUGAGUUAUUUUGUUCGAGUAACAGAAAAGAGUCGAAAAAUAAAAUAUAAAUCUAGCGAAGAAAAUCGAUGGACCAAACAAAAACUAAGCGAGUUGAAUAUUUGAUUGAAUUGUAGGCAUUUGUUUUUCACCAAUCAUUCGAGUGUAUAAGUUAAGGCUUUUUUCGUGUCUGUAGGGAUAAAUGGUUAAAUUUGUGUUAUGAAGAUAUAGAAUCCUUCCCACCUAAUAUAGCGACUGACAGAGAUCGGUUUUCAGCGAGACGAGCUGAUAUCGAACACUGCCUGCCCGGCCAUCGUGCUUGUUUUUUAACAGCGUCAUAGUAGAGCACAAUCACAGAAAGGUUAGUUCAAUUUAUGUUUAAAAAAAAAGUUUGUCACUGUACCUGAAUUAAUACCUCACACUCAUGUUCGCGCACUGGCACCAACUUUCGUGAUAAUACUCCCUACACUUGAACUAGCAACGGUUUCAACUAUAGGUGGAAUUUUGUUUACUCUGAGCAAAACUAGUAGACUUAUAAAAGUAACAAACAAAGAAGAAAAAGGGACCAUCGAUUGGAAACGCGUCCACUACUUUUUACUAGAGCAGGGCACGCCGCCAGCCGCAAAUUAAUAAAAACAAAAAAGUAGUGCUAGCUUAUUAUAUCGAAUACCUUACUUUUGAUUCAGAGAAGUUUAUACAACUAAACAGAAGAAAAAAAAGAGUGAAACUAGAAGAGACUUCAACACACGCUAAUAUUAUUAAUCAUUGAAUAUCUAUUUCUAUAUUAGGAAUGAAUAUUGCAUAUACUUAUAUGGUAACACAAUUGUAACAUAUGUUGUUCCCCAAUUUGAGAAAAAAAAAGAAAUCAAAAUACGAAACCAACUCAACUCUAGUAACGCAAGUAAGCAAGCAAAAGAAAAAAAAAACAACAGAUCGUAUGUUAAUUCUAAAUCUGAAAUUACGCUACCCUUCGUGUUGAUCACAGUUUUCUCCAUUAUACUACUAUCGUUGUUUUUUAGUGAGUUUGGCACUAGCCUGUUGAGAGAAAAAAAGCUACAUAUAUGUUAGCUGACUACAGGAAGGACAAGCAACAAAAUAUAAUACAUUUACUUAAUCGAAAAUAAAAAGAACAUAGUGAAGAACAAACAAAAACUACGACCAUGUUUGGUAGAAUCGAUGUCACAGUGUGGCUGCUCGUUGUCCCGCGUGUGUACGGCUUUGCAGUUAUUUUAAAGAUCAGAUCAAAGACAGAAUUCUCUGUCAAUAAGUGGCAGUUACUCUUAGUUUUAUACAGUUAACCGGAGGUUUAAAAAGGAACUCAAACUUCCAUCAUCUAAGACGGACAGGAAUCAGUUUGUUGCGUCAUCGUAGCCGAUUUGGACGGACACAGCCUGAUGCAUUACAACGGAUCCUUUUUUGAACGAAUGUGAUUUGUAUUAACAAUAACGACAACAAAGUCGAACGAAUUCGUUCGGAAAAUCCAUUUGUCAUAAUGCAGAAUUAGACUGAAUAAUUUCCAGAUGAUUACUAGUAAUACUACGUUGCUUAUCACAUACGAUUCAAUGACAUCUCAUAGAGGCAUUGAACGCACUCAUUUGCUCAUUUGUCAUUUUGAAAAUUCAGUGGGUCUCAGCAUGCCUUGACCUAAUUUUCACUAGUAAUGACAAUUAGACCAACCACAAACAAGUUUACGAAUCAAUUCAACUGUUUUGCAAUUUUUAAUUUACUUCAUUUACCAAUAAUGUAUCUUGCAAAAAGUCAGUUACGCACGCGGCACUAAUACCCAAUCGGACCGUUUAGGACACGUGACACGCAAACGCCAUAUCCCAAAAAAAAAGUUUCGGCUACCAGUCGUCGUCGCCGACAGACACAAAAAAAUCAAAAAACCGAAUUGAAUCUCGAUGGUUUUCAGGCAAAAGGGUUCUCUAAAUAGCCGCAACAAAUCAAACCCUGUUAUCAUUAUAUAGUAUGUGUACUCUCAUUAGUCACAGUAUGUAAUUGCGAAGGACUCAAAUUGCACACCACCACCAUCACCGACAACCACAACUUACAUGAAAAAUCAGCGUUCUUAGGCCUAACCCAACACUGUCGUUACAAACUUUAUAAACGUGUUAAUUAUUAUUCAAAUCAAGUGAAAAAGAACAAACAAUAUUUGCAUUACAACAAGAUAUGAAAUAUAAACGGAAAAUAUGUGAUAGAGCAUUGAAA